AUGUUUGUUCACUUGUCUGCAAUGACGUUGUUCAAUACAGCCAUUUCUUCUUCGUCGUUGUCUUCUUUCUUUCUUUCUUUCUUUCUUUCUCUUACAACUCUGAUAUAUUUCUUUCUUUCUUUCUUCUCACCUAGAUUUUUAUCAUCCUACUACGACGUCUUCCUGCUUUCUGUCUUUUCUUUCUUUCUUCUUUCUUUCUUUCUUAUCCUACUUAUCUUAUCCUGUUUCCCUUUCUUUUUUCUUUCUUUCUUUCUUUCUUUCUUUCUUUCUUUCUUUCUUUCCACCUCUUCUUCAUUCGCUUUGCAUAUCGAUUUUUCUUUCUUUCUUUCUCUUUUUUUCUCUUUAACACACAGUCGUAUUGUACCCCCUCUUAAUCUUUCUUUCUUUCUUUCUUUCUUUCUUUCUUAUCCUACUUUGAUGUUUCCCUUUCUUUCUUUUUUCUUUCUUUCUUUCUUUCUUUCCACCUCUCUUUCAUUCGCUUUGCAUAUCGAUUUUUCUUUCUUUCUUUCUUUCUUUCUUUCUUUCUUUCUUUCUUUCUUUCUUUCUUUCUUUCUUUCUUUCUUCUCGCCUAGAUCUUUCUUUAUUCCCCUCCUCCGUUAUCUUAAUCCUUUCUUUCUUUCUUUCUUUCUUUCUUUCGUUUCUCUUUCUUUCUUCCUUUUCUUCCUCUAA